AUUAAAUGUGCACGGAAUCCAUUUAACUGAAGGUUCCAUUCAAUUCAGUAAAAGUUCCGGAUGGGAACAUGGUUAUUCCAUUCUAUAUAAUGUCACGUGGAUAUCCACAGUUAUCCCUACAAGUGGCUUUGCAGCGUUGAAGUCUUAGACACCUAGGUGAAGAAACUGACAGGUUGUUUUACCAAAUUCGACAGAUUCAGUUUGGAAAGAAAUUGGAAAUCCUCGAGAUGGGGUCAGAUGAAGAAAAUGAGCGUCUCGCACAUCCCAGCUUUUGGGAUCAGCGGUACUCUCAGGCUGAAGGAGACCGGCCAACUCAUGAGUGGUUUAGAAAUUUCGCAGAACUCGAGUCCUUUCUUAAUCAGAGGCUCUUUCAGACCCGAGACCCAGAUGCAAACCCACGCAUUUUACAUUUAGGGUCCGGAGAUAGCGACGUGCCAGUAGGGUUAUGGGAAAAGGGGUAUAAAAACCAACUCUGCAUCGACUUUUCCACGGUGGUUGUGGAUCUAAUGUCUAAGCGACACGCCAGUAUGGAGGGUAUCGAAUGGAAACACGGCGAUGUCCGUCACUUGGAUGACAUCCCUGAAAAGUCCAUAGAUGUCGCAUUUGAUAAGGGGACCUUGGACGCGAUGAUACACGGUAGUCCCUGGAGCCCCCCUCACGAUGUUAAACAGAACACCGGUCAAUAUAUCCGUGAGGUGAAUCGAGUCCUCAAGGAUGAUGGUGUAUUCCUCUACGUGACCUAUCGUCAACCGCAUUUCAUAAGGCCUUUACUGAAUUGUGAAGGAACCAACUGGGAAAUUGAUAUGGAGGUCCUCGGCGAUGGCUCUGGUUUUGGAUACCACGGGUUUAUUCUGACGAAGCCAAAACCUUAAAGCGAAACAUAUCUCACCAGUUCUCCAAGAUUCGUGAAAGGCAUUCAAGGCUCGGGGUCAAUACGCCAUCAUAGCGGCCACGCACCCAAAUACGUAAGGAAAUAGACCGAGGACGCGCCCCCUUUUCCUUUUUUCUUAAAGGUCUACGCAGAAGAAGCCCUCGGACAUUCCAAACUACGGUGCCGUGAUGGCAUAUCUCAACUAGCAGUGAUAC